UCGACAGCAGUCUCGAGUCAGGUGCUGUGCCUAAACAGUAUCAUCACUCUCCGUCUCAUCGUCAAGCACAAAAACUCGAGAGUCCAGAUCCAGAAGAAAGAAGCAGCAGCCUGCGAUGAGUUCAGAGGGCCGUGCUGCUGUAAAUUCGGCCGAGGCCGGUACGGAGACGAAGACGACCCCUCUCCUGACGCCGUACAAGAUGGGCGAAUUCAACCUGGCGCACAGGGUUGUUCUAGCGCCGCUGACCAGGUUCAGGUCGUACGGGAACCUUGCCCAGCCACACAACGUGCUAUACUACGCGCAGAGGUCGGCGCCGGGCGCGCUCCUUAUCGGGGAGGCCACCGCCGUGUCCGACACCGCGCGAGGCUACACGAACGUGCCCGGCCUGUGGAGCCAGGAGCAGGUUGAGUCAUGGAAACCGGUGGUCGACGCCGUGCACACCAAGGGAGCCGUCUUCUUCUGCCAGAUAUGGCAUACAGCCCCUGCCUCGCCCACAGAUUCCCAGCCUAAUGGGCAAGCUUCGGUCUCCAGCACCGACAAACAAGUCAGCCAUGAACACAUUGUCAGGGAAUUCGCGACCCCUCAGAGGUUUGAAACAGAGGAGAUACCCCACAUCAUCAACGACUUCCGGAUCGCAGCCAGAAAUGCCAUCAGAGCCGGAUUCGACGGCGUGGAGAUCCACGCGGGCAAUGGGUACCUCAUCGACCAGAAGGACGGCACCAACGACCGGACUGACAUGUACGGUGGCAGCCUGGAGAACCACUGCAGCUUCGCCGCCAAGGUGAUCGCAGCUGUGGGCGCCGAGGUCGGUGUGGACCGCCUCGGCGUACGGCUCUCCCCGUUCUCUGAUUACGUGGACUGCGUCGACUCCGACCCAGAGGCGCUCGCGCUGCGCGUGAUAGACUUCAUGAACGGGCUCGGCGUCCUGUACUGCCACGUGGUCGAGCCUCGGAUGUACGUCAACAAAAAUGAUGGCAAACUGAUGAUCCCACACGGCCUGCUACCAUUCAGAACGGCGUUUAAGGGCACUUUCAUGGUGAGUGGAGGGUAUGACAGAGGAGAAGGGGACAAGGCCAUCGCUGACGGAUACGCCGACCUGGUCUCUUAUGGGCGCCUCUUCUUGGCAAACCCUGACCUGCCCGAGAGGUUCAGAAAGGACACGUCUUUGAACAAGUAUGACAGGAGCACCUUUUACACCUCUGAUCCUGUUGUUGGCUACACAGAUUACCCUUUUCUUGAUGCUGAUAUUAAGGAAAUAGUCGAGUGAAAAAUAUU